ACGAAAAAGCAGGUUAAAAAUUGAGUUUUAUUAUAAAAUAAUAAGACGUUGUUUUGAAUAUUAUAUUUGUCGUUACAAUGGUUACGUUCGUUUUUACGCGCGUGAUUUAAAUUGAAUACCUUUAUUUCUUUUUAUUUUAUCAAAUUACAGAUUACACAAUGAACAAGUAGAAAGUGUUGUAGAAUUUUCUUUUUUUUUUUUGUUUUUUUUUGAAAGAAGUAAAUUAAAAAUACAUUUUGAAAUAUUAAAUGAUGAUCAAAAUUAACGAGUUACAAAAAAAAAAAAAAAGAAAAAACAAGAAGAUUUGAAAUCGCGCGCAUAAAAGCGAAAAAAAUCUUUUAUCACCGCUUUCUCGUGCUUGCACAACUUACGUAGUAGUUUGGUAAGCGAUAGAUGGGUAUUGUACUUCCAACACGCUAUUAACCUCUUUCACUUACGAUCUAAUGCCAAAAAAAAGAAAAAAACAAAUAAAAAAAUAAAAACGAGUAACAAUAAAUCCAUCUACAAGUCAAGAUGUCAAAUAUUAAUUUGUCGACUUUUAUCAUUUCUCUUCUUCUUCUUCUUUGUUUCUUUUGUCCUUUCCUUUGAAUGAAACGUCGUAUUUUUUUUGUUAUUAAAUAAAAAUCAUUUUUUUCAACUACGCAUAGUUCAUUGAUUGAUUAGAGCAGUACAUUCGAUAAAAAAAAAUGGAAGAACUUGGUUCGAAUUCCGGUUCACGUUUCGUUCAGUCAAUUUUUCUAAACUGAUGAACAAAUGUUUUAAUUCUUAUUAAAUUUAAAUGUUACAAAUAUUAUUUGCAUAAAGAAAUUAGUUUAUUUAAAACAAUGAUUUGUGCGUGUGUGUGUGUGUGUAAACGGUGUUGAUAUUUGUUAGAAAAUUUUAACCGUGUGUUAAGUGUUACACUAAUUAAUUAACAAACAAUUACAAAUAUACAUUUGAAAUGAGGUUAAGAAAUAAUUUACGUAAAGGUGGCGCAUCGAUAAACUGUUUUUCAUUUGUUUUUGUUUUUGUUUUUUUUUUCAAACGAAGAAAAAGUAUUGUUUACAACUGUUAAUGUAUUUUUAAUUAAUUUUUUUUUUUGUAAUAACUAUCAAUUGUAGAAUUAAAUUGUACUUAUCAAUAUUAAACACACACACAUAUACACACAGAUAUAAAUACACAUAGCAGAGAAGUAAGGCACUUUCUAUUUCUUUAAAUUCAUACUUCAAUCGAUCGAUUAUUCUCAACGACGUAAAAAGCUAGGAGAACAAACGAGUACACUGUUUUACUUUCGUAAACGUAUAAGAUAUUGAUAAGUAUCCAACGAAAGAUACAUGCACGGUUAGACACGACUGAAUUAAAUUACGAAGUAAACGUUCACAUAUUUAUAUAAUGUAAAUUGCACAGCACCAACGAUCUUCCAUAAAAUUGUCGACACAAGUAUUUUGCAUUCAAUAUUGACAGCAUGAACGUUAUUUAAAUCUCUCCAGGCUUAAAAAUCAUUUUUGUAUUUGACAAAACAAACCAGAACACAAUACACACGUCUUUCGUAUUAAAAAGAAUAAGAGAAAGAUUUAAAAAAUAAAUGAAUACACGUUUUAAAUCGACAUGACAACGAUUACGAGGGAUAAAACAAAUCAAAAUAAGAUGGGGAAGGAAGAACAGCGUACAGUCGAAGAAGAGAAAGACUACUGAGAGUGGGCUCGAUCGUUCACCGUGCUGUUCUUCCCGUUGAUGGUGGAAGGAAGUGAGAAGGAAGCGAGACGACAGGUGACUGGUGGAUAAGCCCGCCAUGCGCAUCGCCUUCGGCCACAGUCGGUCGCGGUCGGCCGGCUUCGGAGCUCUCUGGUGGGGACGAGCAGUGUAUCCGUGACGUCACAUAAUUAGAGUAAAUACAAAGUAGUCUUGAUGGGGCAGCAGCGUGCGCCGCAUCGUGAGUCGCUGGUCCGCGCGCGUCAAACUUAUAUCGUCUCGAUACACGACACCCGUGGCUUACCUUAUAGUUGUGUGUUUGUUCUUAAGGAUCCUAGAUGACUGUGAGAACAGUGAGUGACGUACGCGAAACUAAGAAAUGGAUAAGAUAGAGUUGCUGGGCGGUGCUUGUUUCAGCCACGGCCCAUACACAUUUUAUAAAGCCGUUAGGAUAGGAAAUGGACGUGUCCUUCGGCUUGGCAAUUUUUUCUUGACAAAACUUUGGAGUGACGCAGAUCUCGUCAGUAUAGGUGAACUUCAGUUACUUUGGAUGGACAGCCGUGGACCGAAUCAACCUUUGGCAUCGUUACGGCUCUAUUUCCUUCCGGAAAACACCCCGGAUGGUCGUAGGGACACUCACGGAGAGGACGAAGUACUGACAAUAUCGGAAAAAGUAGUCGUUCGUGUUCACGAUUUGGUUACUUGGUUAUCACCAUCAUUGGAAUGGUCUUGGGGUCGAGAAAUUUUCAAACCAAGUUCACCAACCCCAACAUCCUCUCCGGAAAGUAGUCCACCAAGAUACGAAAUUCCUCAGCCUCAAGUGUUGACUGAUCCAGGGAUCGAUUUUUCUGACGUUGACAAACAACAGAAAGAAUACGAGAGCAAUAUUAAUUCAUCGAAAAAAUCCGAUUGCGAUGGUCAAACCAAAGUGGUUGUUCUUUCGUAUCCGAGGUAUUGUAGAUAUCGAGCCCUUUUAAGAAGAUUGGAAGGAGCGGAACCGUCGUGGCUUUGUUCUUCGAUUGCUGCUGCCCUUGGUGGUUUUACGGCUACACCUGGAACACGUGUAUUGUUCUGUAGAGACACUUUCGAUUAUCCGGAUUUGGAAACACACGAAUUACUUUGCAAUCAUUUAGCGCCUAAAUUGAAAGGACGGCCACGAAGGAAACGUAAAAAGCGAAGUGCAUCACCGGGUGAAUCUAGCAACGAGAGUGAAGCAUCGGUUGCAUCAUCGUCAAAAUGUGCAUCGACAAAUUCAAACAACCAACAAUUGGUACCAGCUCCUGUUGGAAGGCCACCAUCAUCGGCUGUACGACGAAGCGAACGGAAAACCAGUGCCGAAGAAAAGAAAUUCAUGGUCGAUGUACAAACUUUUAUGAGUUCUCGGGGUACACCAGUUGGAAAGAUGCCAUUAUUGGGAUACAGACAAAUCGAUCUGUUCCUAUUUUACACAAAAGUACAGACACUCGGUGGAUACGAUUCCGUUAGUGCCGGAAGACUUUGGAAAACCAUUUACGACGAUAUUGGUGGUAAUACUGGAUCCACUAGCGCAGCAACCAUAACUCGUAGACAUUAUGAAAGGUUGCUUUUGCCUUAUGAAAGGUAUCAGAGAGGUGAAGAACCCAAAGUGAGAUUAACACAUGGAAGACGUACGAAAACGAGUAGUAUAUCUGAAAGUCCAGUGGAUGAGGGUCAAGAAACAAGUGACUCUCGUUCUUCGGGGACACCACCAUUGGUUGAAACACCUCCUGUAAACACUUCUCCACCUUUGCAACCAGUUUUAUCAACAACGUCAUUUCCAUCAAACGAGAAACCAAAAUCAGAGAACGUCGGGAAAACAUCCUCUUUGCGUAGCGUGAGAGUGAAACCAGAACGUCUCAAAUCAUUGAAUACGAUAAUAGCUAACAAUACACCACCUACUAGCCAGCAAAGUAACCAACUGCCAAGUCCUCCACCGUCAUCGAACACACCAAUCUCAACUCCAAGUAGUACACCUUCAACGACGCCCACGAUCGUCACCGGUAAUCAAAGUGUUCUUGAACGUCAGUUAAAUAGUCCACUCGUGUCACAGCAAGUACCACCGUCCUGUUCGUCUCCAGGAUUACCAGUGAGCACAGUAGCCAUGAAUGCGUCUACGGUAGUUACGUUGACACCACCACCUGAAAAAGACAUGAAAGAGAUUAAAUUAGAUCCUAAGCAAACGACUCUGUUGGCACAGGGUAAAGAAAACAUACCUUUGUUCGGUGAGAAACCAAUAUUUACGGAGAAGGCGAUAGUCGUUCCGCCAAGAUCACCGGAAGUGAUUGAUCUCGAAACAGAAAGUGAUACGAGUAGGGAUAAAAUAAUAAUACCAAGUUUUAAGAAGCGAAAGUUGGAAAUUUUACGAGAAGGUGGUCUCGAAGUUACCGCUGUUGAACUUGAUUCGCGACCUAGUGUGAUCCAGAGCAGCUUGACACCGACCCCACCAUCAACCAAACCCGAGGAGAAGUUGCCUUCUUCGCCUUAUCCACUUUCUGUUACACCUAGUUCUGUGCCGAAGCUUAUCUCCGUCACUGUCACACCUGAUAUAGGACAUAUGUUGCCAUCACCUCAGGAAAAUAAUCAGACCAAUCAUCAUCACCAUCAGCAGCAUCUGCAGCCGCAUCCGCAGCCGCAUUCGCAGCCGCAGCCUCAGCCGCAGCAGCAUCAGCAACAACAGCAACAACAGCAACAACAGCAGUUGCAGCAACAGCAGCAGCAGCCACAGCAGCCUCGGUUUCAAUCCCAAGGAAAACAACAACAUCCCGUCCAUUAUAAUAACAAUAAUAGUACGACGAACAACAACAUCAAUAAUAGUACGACGAAUAGUAAAGUUAUUAAUCUUGGUAGUUCGAACAAUGCUGGAUUAUUGCAAUUGUAUGCGAAUGCCAAUAUGGUACCAGGAUCGACUACGCAAAUGGUUAAUAAUUCCAAUCAUCGUUUUGUACCACCGAACGUUCCUAACGGGAGAAUAAUAUUACCGCCGAAGGUUACGCAAUCGAGGUCAAUUUUCGCGCACAACGAAAAAACAGUAUACGGAAAUCCAAAAGACGUUCUUAUAUCUCCAAGGUAUCGUCCCCUACAUCAGCAGCGGAUACAGCCACAUACGAUUUGUAACAACAGUGACUACAGUGGAAAUAGCGGAGUUCUCGAUCUAACUCAAAAGCCAACUGAAAAGGCUACUUUUUCGAGGCCGAGUCUCGAGAUUGUUAGGGUACCUGUAGUGCCGAGGCCUAAUCCGCUCAAUUUAGAAAUGAGGAAAUCACCGACGAUCAAAGAUAAACCAAUGGAAUGUACGAUAAAACGAGGCACGUUUCCAAAUUAUCAAUCAGUUCUUGAUAGUCGGACUAUGGCAUCGAAUAAUUUAGAAAUCACGUUAGUCAAUCCUAAGCAAAAAACUAAUUAUAACGGUGUAGUACCGUCUCACGUGCAAAUACCGAGCCCACCUAACAGAACUAAUAAUCAUUAUCAUUCGGUAGCACAAAGGAGACAAAUGAACGGUAAAUAUUGUGGAAGAAACGAACCAGUCUCACCUUAUACACCUAGGAAACAACCCACGCAUCCCGUAAUACCCAAUGUACCUAAUUUAAAUCAUCUGAAUAGUGUGAACCCUUCUUCUUAUCCUAGAAUGACUAACGUUCAACAACAAAUAAGUAUAGAUAGAAGGAAAACAUGCGAGGCUGGUAAAGAUCAGCAACAACGUAGAAUUAGCGACGGUGAUAAACCUGUAGUGUUGCAACCACAUCAGCAAGACAUUAGUAGACAGACGGCAGAGAUUGGUCGGCGUCACAGUGUACCAAGUAUACCUUCCGGUUUUAUACCCACUGUGCCACCAAGCAAUUCAGCUUUUCUCUCGCAACUGCCAAACACUUCAGGCAAGUUCCUACCAAUGUUGGACCCUGUGUACUAUUCAGCCUUUUACAAUGGCUUGUUUCCACCUCCAAUACCACAUGCAGCUGGAACUUCCUUUCUACCACCGGAGUUCAGCGCUUACUACAAGGAACUAUUAGCUUCCUCGCAACCAAGACUGGGGAUGACAGGUCAGCAUCAACCCGCUGUACCGACAUCCAAAUAGACAAUGGGAUCUCGUCCAGCAUAUCUGGUCUAACACAAAUAUGGAUGGUGGCUUAAUUUUUAAAGACAUGAUCCGUUGGACUUCCUUGUUGUGUAAAUAAGUGUUAACAAAAAAAAAAAAA